UCGUUACCAGAAAAAGAGAAAACCACGAGCAUCAACUGAAUCCCACGAGAAUCUACUAAAAUGAGCAGUCCAGGGACACUCAAGAUCUCCAGCUUCGAAUUGGACCUGGAUCGACCUAACAUCGAGGAUUACCUCCCCUCCGGAUCCUCCAUUCAAGAACCUCGCGGCAAGCUUCGCCUGCGUGAUUUGCUGGAUAUUUCUCUGACGUUAACUGAGGCUGCUGGUGCCAUUGUCGAUGAUUCAUUCACUAGAUGUUUUAAGUCGAAUCCUCCAGAACCAUGGAAUUGGAAUGUAUACUUGUUUCCCCUGUGGUGUUGCGGUGUGGUAAUUCGAUAUUUCAUUUUAUUCCCUGUGAGGUUAGCCUUUUUCCUUUCCAGAGGUCUGUGAUUUGAUGCAUGGCAGCUUUGCACGCUUGCUCUUGUUGUUUGAUGCCAUUCUUAGACUUCUGAAUUCUAACAAAUAGAAUUUUAAAGAAAUGAAUCUAAUCUUUGGCUUUCAUAUCUUUUAAGAAAGAUCAUCACCUAUAAACUUGUUUCGUUAUCCUUUGAUUAUAUUUGGUAACAAUACUUCACUAAUAUAAUACGUUUACUUUAGACUAUAGAGUAUAGAUAUCACAUUCACUUAAAUGAUGUUUCAAGGAUUUUUUCUUUUAAGUUGAAAUUUGGAAUGCUAAAAAGAGAUUCAGAAAUACCUUAUGGACCCCUGAUAUACUUCAUCCAGGCGGUGAUCGUUUGUUUCCAUUAGAAAAAACUGGUGACAGUUUUGUGUUGAAGUGACUACUUUUUGUUGAAAUACUUGCUUCUGAGGUUCUAUGGUUUUGUUAUUGCUGCAGAGUUGUAGUGUUAACAACAGGAUGGAUUAUAUUUCUAUCAUCCUUCAUUCCAGUGCACUUUCUCUUGAAAGGACAUGAUAAAUUGCGGCAAAAGUUCGAGAGGGUUUUGGUGGAGCUAAUUUGCAGCUUCUUUGUUGCAUCCUGGACUGGAGUUGUUAAAUAUCAUGGUCCACGACCUAGUUUGCGGCCUAAGCAGGUUCAUCUUACUGUAGUUUCUACAAUUUAGAAGUUUGCUAAACUUCCUUUGUCUGUAUUACUUCAAUCCAAGUAGAAGGCUGAGUGAAUUUCUGAAAAUUGGAACUCAGAUGAUCUAACUGUGUAUCUCUGAAUUUGCCUUUCAUGAAUUGAACAGGUUUUUGUUGCCAAUCAUACUUCCAUGAUUGACUUCAUCAUCUUAGAACAGAUGACAGCAUUUGCUGUCAUCAUGCAGAAGCAUCCUGGGUGGGUUGGUGAGUAUUAGUUUUGGCAUGCA